CGUGUGCGAAAUACGCAUCAGACGGAAAGCGCACGUUAAAUCUCCAAACGACCAAAAUCAAGACCGUAACAAUGAAUUUCAGUGCUAUUUAUAUGGUUGUGGCGUUCGCCUUUCUAAUCGGAGAAGCAACAAUGGCGCCAUCUGGGGAGGAGGGUUGCAAUUGUAACGAAGAUCCUUUUCAGACCAAGACGGGCAAGUCGAUGUUUGCUCUCGACCACUUUUGCAAAACCUUUGCUGAGUUGGGCUUUUCCAAGGCAGAAACGAUACUGACGGAUGCGGUGAACGCACUCGGAAAAUACAACGAGACAAACACCGAAGCAGCAAUGGAAACUGUUCUGCAAAUAAUAGCAGUUAGUCACAUGAAAUACUGCAACGAAGUGGAUGCCGCCAAGAAGGGGAACUAGGACAGGCAUGCUCUUCAGUGUAAACCCGAGAUACCAAGUCAAGUUCUUGAAUUCGUGUUCUUGAAUUUGUAACCUGAAUAAAAAACCAUGCACAUUA